UAUGCAGCCUAAGCAAGUAAAUGGAUUUCAUUUAGAAAUUGGCGGUCAAACGAUUGACAAGUGAAAUUAUGAAAGUGAACAACGAAGUGUAAGCUAGCGCGUGGAGAAAUAUUAAAUUAAUUAAGUACAGAAAAAAGUGAAGAAAAUAAGCAGUAAAGUAGGUAAUUAGUGGCAGGCAAAAUAAAUUUUAUUGGAAAUAGUUUAUGAAGUAAAAAGUGCUUGGAUUUCCAAUAAACCAUACAUUUUUGUGCGCAGCUCCACACUUUUAUCUUUGCCAUUGAUCGUUGAAUUCCAUAAGCAGUGCCUCAAUUACGCGUUAACUACAAAUAUGCGUUUAUCCAUAAAAUUUCUACUCGUAUGAUGGGAUGUGGUUCAUCGAUGGAUACGAAUAGCGUUUUAGAAGAGCCCAUACAGAGCUUGGAACGUUGGCAGCAAGGCGAUAUGGAUCCCGUCGCGGUUGUCGAGGAAUUUGUGCAUCUGGACGAACGGAUCAGCAAACUGGAGGCGACUUGUCCGGGACCGCGUAUGGCCACCGCCGAAGCCUGGGUCGAACACUUGCAAUCGCAACGUGAUACUCUUUUAGGUGUUGACAACUUAGAUGCGGCCUUGAAUCUACAACGAAAUGAAUUGUCGCCACAACAACAACAACAACAACCCCAACAACAAAUAAAUAGUGAAAUAUUAACUAUAAAUGAGAUCGAUGCAGCUACGCCACCACCCAUACAUCAGCCACCAUUGCAACCACUCAGUGUGGUGGUGGCAUCAACAACUACAACAACAAAUAGAGGCAUGUUAUUGAAUGGCGGAAAUACAUUGAGACGCGGAAAUGGCGCCAUAGUAAAUGGCAUAGGCGGGGCGGCGGCACGACACGCUAAUAAUAACAUAAUGGCAAAUACACCCACCCAGGAUUUGGCUAAU